AUUACGUGUUUACUCAUAAAAAUUCUCUAAAGGAAGAUUAAUUCUUUUAAAUACCUUUCCAGGUGUCUGAUUAGCAACGUACGUAGACGGCUGUAACCACAAUCACAUCCUCAAAAAUGAAAUUCUUUUUGAUUUUGUUCAUGGCCAUCAUCAUGGUGGGCUGCGAGGAAAGCGCGACCGAGUUGGCUACGAACGACACCGACCCAGACUCAGACCCACAGGCGGUCCCUUCUGCAGCUGCACCAGUGGCUCAGGAAAAGUGCAGUCCGAGCGGCUUCAGGUGCCUGGGAAACAUAAUUUACUCGCAGUGCGGAAAGGGAUUUGGAAAGAAUGUGCUGUUCUGCCGAAAGGGAAGGAUUUGCGACGACACUGGUCUUGAGGUUUGCAUCCCAAAACCACCCCCCUGUGAAGAGGAAGGAGCCUUUAUGAUGCCUGGCUACUGCAAUUUGUACUACAUGUGUAUCGUGACGGGCGACUCCCUGAAGCAAUUUGUGGGCUCUUGCGAGCCAGGAUUUGAGUUUAGUCUUACUACCGGAAAGUGUGUGUAUCCCGCGGAGGCUGGCUGCUCUAUUCAAAGGGAAAUCACACCGCCUCCAGUCGUCACCAAGCCGCAAUUGGAAAUCACGCAGCCACCCACUGCGCAAAAGGAGGACAUCUUCAAGUGCAGAAAUCCAGGCGUGUUUGCCGACCCUGCGAGCUGCCGUCACUUCUUUGUUUGCUCCAAGGGGUGGAUGCUGAUUUUCGGCAACCAACUGUCGCCGACGAGGAUGACUUGUCCUAACUGGUUGCCUUACUUUAACGCGGAGAAAGGAGUCUGCUGGAUGUACAACACUUACUGCUCACAAAUUUAAAACGCGACACUUACUCUU